AUGGAAUUAGAUAUCAAUCAAACUCUUUAUGAUGCUUAUGAUCAAAUUAUAAAAAAUUUAAAUCAUUCUAAUGAUUCCAGGUACAAAUUUUUUUUCAUGCAGCAUGAUGAAGUUGGUAGAAUUAAACUUGGACCAAAAAAAAAGUUGUACAACAUAAAUAAGAAAGUAUGUGAUAUAGUCAACAAUUGUGAGAUUCAGAUGAAAAGAGAACUACUAGUGAUCAUAGACGAUGGAAAAACUGCUAAAAAAUUCAUAUGUGAUAACAUGCUUGAAAGUUAUUUAUCUGAAAUCCGUAAAGAAUUAAACAAGAAACGAAUGAUUGUACAGAAAUUUAAAUUUCUAAAAGAAGAUUUACAAGAAGAGUAUCUUCAUGAGGUUCAUACAGAAACAGAAGAAUCCAUUACAUUGGCGGAAAUUCUUAUAGAUGAUAAUGUUAUUCGUGUUUUGCUUAAUGAUUCAUCUAUUUCUUCUGACGAAGAAAUGUAUACUUCUUUAGAUGAAGAAAUACUUUUUGAUUUUUUGUCCUAUGAUGAAAAAAUUCUGUGUGAACCACGUAGUCCUUUUCUUAAAAAUGAAACUGUCGAACAUUACAAACAACAUAUUUACAAAUGCCAAUUGGAUUAUGGAUUGACCUUUACCAAUGAGGGUGUAAUACUUGGAACUUACAGUUGUGACUUUACGGCAAAAAUUUCAACAUGCGAAAGAAACCAAAUUUUCUUUGAAAAAAAUAUGAUCAAUGAUUUCCCAUCAGAAUUGCAAGACUUACUUAAUCAUGAUAACCUAUUUCUUAAUAAUAGAAGGUAUAUUUAUUUCACAAUUGUAAAUCAGAGGAUUAAGUUAAAUCUGAACAAAGAUUCAAUUAAACCAUCCGAAGAAUUUAAGUGCGCAAUAAAUAAGGCCAUUGAAGGAACAGAUCUUUAUAUAAAUUAUUUAAAGUUAUUGAAUGUCUUUGCAGCUUUUGGAAACUUUUUUGCUCAAAACAUUGUAAUAGGGAAAAAAUUACUCAAAUAUGUCGAAAUUGAUAAUAAUGAUCACAUCGAAGACAAGACAGAAUGGUCAACUAUUGAAGAUUUCAGAAAAAUUUCAACAAAAUUAGAAAAUAUGCUGUCAUAUAUUAAUAAUGAAAAUCUUCUAGUUAAUAGUUGGGUAGAAUCUUGUUAUCAAGAUGGUACUAAAUUAAAUGUUAUCGAAUAUGGCGAUUUAAUUUCAAUCUAUGAAAUUUUUAAAGAACCCACUCGUAGCCAGAUCAAGAGAAUUCUUGAUAUUCAUGAUCAUAAUAACACUUUAUUAAAAACUUUAAAAUUAUCUGAAGAGGUUAAAAUGAUUAAGAAACCGGAUUUUAAGCAAGAGAUACUUAUGAUUGAUAGCAUACAAGUUGAUGCAUCAGUGAUAUAUUACCGUGUUAAAUUCAAGAACAAAUUAAAGAGCGACAACUAUCAACUUUAUGGAAGCGUAACAACAACAUCUGGGCAACAACUUAGCGAAAGGAUUAUUAAAUUUAAAGCAAUAAAUGUUUUUGGAUUUUCUGUAAUUGUCGAAAAUAUUUUUGAUAAAAGGCAUGAAGAUUUUCCUGCUCUUCCUCAUACAUUGAAAACAACAGUCGUUGAAAAAAAGGAAAAUACAAACUCUUUCAAUCAACCGUUCACUAAAAUUGUUCAAUCCAAGAAAUUGGCUUCAAGAAAUGUGCUUCUGACGGAAUCGAAAAAAACGUCAUUCAUAUAUAGAGAUCUCAAAUUUAUUCAAGGUCGCUAUAAAAAUAAACAAGAACAAAUAAUUUUUUACAUAAUUCAAAAUUUAUGCAUGUACAAUAAUUACAAAGUGUGUGGUUAUUGGGAAUGCUCUGAGUGUAUGGAAAGUAAGUUUGUUUAUGAAAAUCAACACAACUACGGUACAGAAUAUUACAGUCUAGAACCUUACUAUCUAAAGGUAAAACCUUAUAGUCAAGGAUCUCUUGAAAAUUUUUUAAAGAUGGCUCCAGGACAACUGUAUAAUUCUUUAGUAGAAUUUUGCAGAAGUGAUAAUUGUAAUCGAAAACUUUUUAUCACGAGUUUCCGCAUGUAUUCAGAUUCACAACCAAUAAACCUAAAUGAAAUUCCUAUUAAUGAAGUCAUCUGCCAUCUACAAUGCGAUAAAGAUUACAAGGUGUUUGGUGAAUGGGAAUGUACAAAUUGCAAAAAUUUCUGGAAAAGUGCUUAUACUUGGAUAUCACUACAAAAGUUUAUUCAACAAGAUCCCGAUUUGAAUUCUGAUGAUUAUUUUAUGCAAAAUUGUAAAAGGUGCAAGAGUGAUAAGAGCGUUAUAAAAUUAUACAAACCUUUAGAUAAAGGGGAAGGCAACAUAAAUAAUUCUGGAAAAAUGAACAUAAAUUGGAUGUUGGUCGGAAAUCCAGAAAUUGUCGAAAGUUUGCAAGAAUUUAAGAAUUUACAUAAAAUUUCUUAUGAGCAAACAUAUUUUCGAAACUUGAUCGUUGUUGAAACCGGCGAGGUAACAAUUAAACCUAGUAAAGAACAAAAUUGGGAAAUUUCUAUUGAAACACUUCCAAAUCUUCCAUCAGACGCAGUAUUUACUUGCACGUUCAAAUAUCCAUUGUCGAAUAAUGAACCAUCAUUCAUGGCUUCUGUCAAAUCCUAUAACGAAAAUGGCAUUUUAGUAACAAAUGUGACAAGUCACACGCAUAAUUUUUUAAAUAAUCCUGAAAAAGAUGGUGUCAAUGAUAGUAAUAUCUUCGACUAUAAUGAAAACGAAAAUGAUCAGGAUGAAAGAUUGAAAUAUCAAGUCCAUUGGUGUAUUUAUCUUACACCAAUUCAAAUAAUUACAAUUGGCCAAUUUUUUAAUAGUACUGAUCUAUUGAGGUUGUCUUCACGAAAAUUCAUGGAUCAUGACGAAUCUGCUGAUGCUCAAAAACAAAAUUCAAAAAUUACAUCUGGGAAAUUUCUUAACAAGGAGGUUGAUAUAAUAACCCAAAUGAAAAUUGUAAAUUCUAUUAAAUUAAAUGAGGAUCUAGAAAAUGAACUUUUUGAAAAUGAAAUUAUGAAAAAAUCAAUAAAAUUCAUACCAUGGAAUGAACUAAAGAAUAUUUCAAAACUUGAUGACGGUCAUUUUGGAUUUAUAAGAAAAGCUUAUUGGACAAAGACGCAUAGUGAUGUCUUUUGUAAAGGAUUGGUCAAUUUGAAAUAUACAAAUGGUGGACGCUAUGAUGAAUUUAUUCAUGAAUUAACCAUGCAUGCUAGGUUAGAUCUUUGCGAAAACAUUGUUCGGUUUCUUGGAGUCAGUAAAGAUACUAUCAAUGACCAAUAUUUCCUUAUAAUGGAAUACGCAAAUGAUGGGAGUUUACGGAGGUUUCUUAAAAAAUUUCAUCAUUUAUUGAAUUGGCAUCAAAGAUUAGAGUUGGCCUAUCAAAUUACAAAAGGAUUAUGUUAUUUGCAUAGUGAAGAAAUUAUUCACAGUAACUUGUUAUUUUUUGAUCAGCAUGAUAAAAACAUUGUUAUUCGUGAUGGAAAAGCAAAAAUAACAGAUUUUGGAAAUGCCAUAAGUAUUAAUACGCAAACAAAUAUACACACUGACCUUUUUGGAAUGAUUUCAUUUUUAGCACCUGAAUUACUUGAACAAUCCAAAUCGAAUGGUAUACCAUAUUGCAAGAAAACAGAUAUUUAUAGCCUUGGCAUGAUAUUUUGGGAAUUAUCUAGUGGCCAUCCGCCAUUUGAAAAUCAACAAAAUUAUAUUAUUUUAUCUAUAAACAUUAUUCAAGGUUUUAGAGAAAAUAUGAUUCCCGGAACUCCUGAAGAAUAUAAGAACCUUUAUAACAAAUGCUGGGAUGCUGACCCAGAUAAACGUCCGGACAUCGAAUAUGUGCACACAUUAUUAGAAGGAAUGACUAAAAUUUUGCCAAACACUGAUUCUAUAGCUAUUAAUUCUGAAGGUAUUAUAAUAUCUUUAUUUGGUCUUUGA